UGUUGGGCAUAAAUUUUAAACGAAGCUCGCGACGCUCAGCUGCUGUGUGUUAGUGUUAGUGCUGAGCUGAGCUAAGCUAAGAGUACAGGAGUGACAGCUUUUAACCGCCUUGCAGCUCAAACUGUGUUUUAGGACGAGCUGUAGGAUAAAGUCUAGGGUUUUCAUACACGGCGUUGGACAUCAUGGGAGACGACAGCGAGUGGAUGAAGCUUCCCACAGACCAGAAAUGUGAACAUAAGGUUUGGAAAGCGAGGUUAAGCGGCUACACAGAGGCUCUUCAACUCUUUCAGAGGAUUACAGAUGAGAAGAGUCCAGAGUGGGGCAGAUACCAAGGACUGAUCAAGAAAUUUGUGACCGAUUCGAACGCAGUGGCACAACUUAAAGGACUAGAGGCAGCUCUAGCUUAUGUUGAAAAUGCACAUGUAGCAUCCAGAACUGUCGGCGAGGUCGUGUCCGGCGUGGUGUGUAAAGUCUUUAACCAGCCUAAAGCACGUGCUAAAGAGCUUGGCUCAGACAUCUGCCUGAUGUACAUCGAGAUUGAGAAAGGAGACGCGGUUCAGGAAGAACUUCUCAAAGGCCUCGAUAAUAAAAACCCGAAAAUCGCCCUCGCCUGUGUGGAAGUGUUAAGACGGGCGGUGAGUGAAUUUGGAGCAAAGAUCGUCACCCUGAAGCCGGUUGUGAAGGUGCUGCCAAAGCUCUUCGAGUCCCGAGAGAAGGCGAUUCGGGACGAGGCCAAACUGCUCGCCGUCGAGGUUUACAGAUGGAUCCGAGAUGCGCUGCGUCCUCCGCUUCAGAACAUUAACUCCGUCCUGCUGAAAGAGCUGGAGGAGGAGUGGGCGAAGGCAUCAGCACCUCGACAGAGCCGGUUCCUGCGGUCACAGCAGGACCUCCGAGCCAAGUUUGAGCAGCAGCAGCAGAGUGGAGGAGACGGAGAAGAAGAAGGAGACGGUGAUGCGGAGGAAGCGGCUCCUGCCGUCGAUGCUUACGAGCUGCUGGAAGCGGUGGAAAUCCUCUCUAAAUUACCCAAAGACUUCUAUGAGAAGAUUGAGGCGAAGAAAUGGCAGGAGAGGAAGGAGGCGUUGGAAGCUCUGGAAGCUUUAACCAAAAACCCCAGACUAGAGGGCGGAGAGUAUGGAGACGUUGUCAAGGCUCUCAACAAGGUCAUCGGAAAGGACACAAACGUCAUGUUGGUGACGCUCGCCGCUAAGUGUGUAGCUGGACUUGCCGCUGGUCUCCGGAAGAAAUUUGGAACCUAUGCUGGUCAUUUGGUGCCAACCAUUUUGGAGAAGUUCAAGGAGAAGAAAGCUCAGGUGGUUCAGGCACUGCAAGAAGCAAUAGAUGCAGUGUUUCUUUCUGCGACACUCGAAAAAGUGAGCGAGGAUGUGUUGGCCGUGAUGGACAACAAAAACCCAUCGAUCAGGCAGCAGGCUUCGCUGUUCCUCGCCAGGAGUUUCCGGCAUUGCACUCCCACCACGCUGCCGAAAAACCUUCUCAAACCGUUCUGUGUCGCGCUGCUGAAGCAAGUGAACGAUUCUGCUCCCGAGGUUCGAGACGCAGCCUUCGAAGCCUUGGGCACGGCGCUCAAGGUGGUGGGUGAGAGGGCCGUUAACCCUUUCCUGGCUGAUGUGGAUAAACUAAAAGUUGACAAGAUUAAGGAGUGUGCUGAGAAAGUGGAGCUGCCUGGAGGAAAGAAAGCUGCAGGCCAGGUGAAGGAGAACAGCGCUCCAAAAGCCCAGCCUGCAACAGCAGCUCCAGCAUCUGCCCCUGCCAAGAAACCGCCCGCAGCCACCGCUGCUAAGCCAUCCGCUCCCAACAAGAAGGGCAAACCCUCUGCACCCAAAGGAACAUCUGCUCCUGCCAAAGCUAAGAAACCCGAGAGCAGGGACGUGACGGAAGCCGAGCUCUCGCCCGAGGUGUGUGAAGAGAAAGCCGCUGCGGUUCUUCCAGCGUCCUGCAUGCAGAUGCUGGACAGCGCAAACUGGAAGGAAAGGGUGGCAGCCAUGGAGGAGUUUCUUAAGGCCAUAGAGCUGAUGGACAAUAAAGAGAUGCCCUGCCAGGCUCUCGUCCGGAUGCUGGCCAAGAAACCCGGCUGGAAAGAGACAAACUUCCAGGUGAUGCAACUGAAGCUGCAGGUCGUUUGUGCCGUGGCUCAGAGAGGCUCGUUUUUCUCCAGAACGUCAGCCCUGGCUGUGCUGGAAGCCGUGGUGGAUAAAGCUGGAGAUGUGAAGUGCGGCGUGAGAGCUAGAGAGGCUCUGACGGCGAUUGCCGAAGCCUGCACUCUCCCGUGGACCACGGAGCAGGUUGUAUCCAUGGCCUUUGGUCAGAAGAACCCUAAAAACCAGGCUGAAGCUCUGAACUGGCUUUGUGGUGCUAUAAAGGAGUUUGGAUUUGCAGGAAUAAAUGUAAAGGCGUUUAUUAAUAAUGUGAAGACUGCUUUGGCUUCUACCAAUCCAGCUGUGAGAACUGCUGCCAUCUCUCUCCUGGCUGUGAUGUACCUGUACAUGGGCGCUCCUCUCCGCAUGUUUUUCGAGGAUGAGAAAGCUGCACUGCUUUUGCAAAUAGACGCAGAGUUUGAAAAGAUGAAGGGCCAGACUCCCCCUGCUCCUAUAAGAGGUUUGUCAAAAACGAGUGGGGCAGAAGGAGAGGAGGAAGGCGAUAAAGAAGAAAAUGAUGGAGGUGCAGAUGUUGUGGAUCUUCUGCCUCGAACAGACAUCAGCGACAAAAUCACCUCGGACAUGGUGUCAAAAAUCGGCGACAAGAACUGGAAGAUGAGGAAAGAGGGACUGGAGGAAGUUACCGCUGUAAUUUCCGAGGCUAAAUUCAUCAAACCCAACAUCGGGGAACUUCCUAUGGCGCUUAAGGCUCGCCUUACAGACUCCAAUAAAAUACUGGUCCAGCAGACUCUCUCCAUCCUACAACAGAUAGCCACAGCAAUGGGUCCUGCCCUAAAACAGCACGUUAAAGGCCUUGGCUUCCCCAUCAUCACUGUACUCACUGACAGCAAGAAUGCAGUGCGUGCAGCAGGUUUGGCUACUCUGAAUGCAUGGGUGGAUCAGACCGGGAUGAAGGAGUGGCUGGAAGGGGAGGACUUGGCUGAGGAGCUGAAGAAGGAAAAUCCAUUCCUCAGACAAGAGCUGUUAGGUUGGCUGGCUGAAAAACUACCCACCUUACGCUCAGUUCCCUCGGACUUCGCUCUGUGUGUUCCUCAUCUCUACUCCUGCUUGGAGGAUCGUAACGCGGACGUGCGGAAAAAAGCCCAAGAUGCACUUCCUGUGUUUAUGAUGCACCUGGGUUAUGACAAGAUGAACAAAGCUGCUGCUAAGCUGAAGCCGGCAUCUAAAGAUCAGCUGGUUGCCUUGUUGGAAAAAGCUAGAUCUGCCAUGCCUGCCAAACCUGCAGCUCCGAGUAAACCAGCGCCUGCUGCUUCCAGCAAUGUAAAACCUGCCGCAGCUCCUCCAGUUCCAGAAAAAGCUGUUCCAGAAAAAGCUGUUCCUGUGAGUGAACAGCCACCAGCAGAACCCAAAAAGACCAAACCAGCAGCUGCACCCAAAGCUAAGACUGUUGUGAAGAAACCACCUGGCAAAGUUGAGGAAGAGCGGAAUGGUCCCAUCUUCAUCCUUGUUCCCAACGGGAAAGAGCAACGGAUCAAGGAAGAGAAAAGUCAAAAGGUGUUAAAGUGGAACUUUUUAACGCCACGUGAGGAGUUUGUUGAUCAGCUGAAGAAUCAGAUGGCUACAUGUGUGGCUAAAUGGCUGAUGGAAGACCUCUUUCACACAGAUUUCCAAAAACACAUUAAGGCAAUCAGCACCAUGAUGGAGCACCUGGAGGCAGAGUUGGAGGCCACAGUCAGCUGUUUGGAUCUGAUCCUGAAGUGGUUCACCCUGCGCUUCUUUGAUACGAACACUAGCGUGCUGAUGAAGGCUCUGGAGUAUCUCAAGCUCCUCUUUGUCACUCUCAGUAACCAGGACUACCAUCUCACUGAGCAUGAAGCCACGUUGUUCAUCCCUUACUUCAUCCUAAAGAUGGGUGAGCCGAAAGACGUGGUGCGUAAAGACGUGCGCAGCAUCUUCAGCCUUUUGCGUAAAGUCUACCCAGCUAGCAGAGUCUUCCCUUUCCUCAUGGAGGGCACAAAGUCCAAAAACUCCAAACAGAGAGCUGAGUGUCUGGAGGAGCUCUGUUGUCUUGUUGGGCUGUGUGGAAUGUCUGUGUUCCAGCAGACGUCAGCGAAAUCCUUGCGUGAAAUUGCCGUACACAUCGGCGAUCGAGACACGGCCGUUCGUAACGCUGCUCUGAACACGGUUGUAGCAGCUUAUAAUGUCUGUGGAGAGCAAGUGUACAAACUCAUUGGCCAGCUGUCAGAAAAGGACAUGAGCAUGUUGGAAGAGCGAAUCAAGCGUUCUGCUAAGAAACCCUCGGCCCCCGCUGCUCUCGUUAACAAACUUCAGCCAGAGGAGAAAACUUCCGGGCCGGCUAACGCUAGCCUGCUACGCAAACCAAACUCUGAAGCAGCAGCAGCAGCACCUCCUAAGCUGAGCGAGAUACGGCGUCAGAACGCAGCAGUUCAGCAGCAGAGCCCCGUAGUGCCGCGCCAGUUUCAGCUCGACCCCAAUUUCAUCGUGGAUCUUCCCGAAGCCAUCAUGCCCGACCUUCUGGUGGUGGAGACCGCUGAAUCAUCUCCUCUGGACGUGCCCGAGUUCAAGUACAAGUUGCCUUCUGUCUCCAGCAGUAUUGAAGAAUCUGCAGCCAGCAUUAGUCUGGUCAUUUCCCAGGUCGCCAGCUCCGAUGCCAAAACCAGCAUGCAGGGCUUGGCUAAGGUAGUGGAGAUUUUGCGCAAGGAGAGCGAAUGGAAGCUGAUGUCAGGUCACGUGGACGAGUUCAUCGUUGCGGCGCUGAUGCAACUCGGCUUACAGGCCAGCAGGCGCAUGGGGAACGAAGGAGCACAGCACGUGGAGAAACUCUACUCCUCUGUUAUCAGCUCUCUGAGCCUGCUGGUUUUGGCAGGUAAACUGGCUCAGGAAGCCUCCCCGGGUGUGCUAAAAAACCUGGUUCAGACUCUCCUCUCACUCACGCUGGAUCCUCGGCAUCAGCAGAGCUCCGGAGAAUCUCAAGAGCUCAUCCGCUCUGUUCAUAUCCUGCUCUCGACUUUAUUCAAGACCGCUGAUCCCACCAACACGCUCAGUGCUUUGCUGAUGCUGUUACAGGAGGCCAGUACCUCCACUGCAGGCGCUGAGUUUUCUGAAAUGGUCAUGAAGUGUCACUGGCGUAUGAUCAAGCUUCUUCCAGAGAAGAUCGAGUCCCUCUACUUGGACCGAAUUCUUCUGGACAUCCACAACUUCAUGAAGGCUUUUCCCAAAGACCUGCUCAAACAGAAACCCAAUGAUAUGGCUCACCGCACCGUCAAAACACUGCUGCACACACUCUACAGACUCGUCGGCCCCAAGAUUAUGAAUCAUCUGAGCCUGAUUGAGAACAGCAGUCAGUCAGAAGUUGAAGCUCAUCUGAAGAGAGCGAUGAAGCACUCCGUCUCCGCACCAACUCUAACGUCCCAGAACACAGAAAAUGUUGCUACAAUGAAGGUCCAGGCUUCUGCAGAUUCUCAGAAAGGCAUGAAACCAGCAGCAGCAGCAUCAAGCUCCAGCACUGAACCUCUGGGCGUCGCUCACUAUCAGGAGAAACUGAGAGCUCUGAAGCAGAUCUAUGGCCUUCACAGCAACGCAAAGGUGAAUGAGGACACGUCCAGCCUCUCUGCAGUGAGCACUAAGCCAGCCGUCCCCUCCUCUAUGGACAUGCUGCAGUCUCAGCUGUGUAAACUGCGUGAGUCUCGGGAAAAGCAGGGCAGUGAAAAUGUCAAACCUCGCAGUCCUCCUGGGGACAUUGACGAAUUCAGAGCAAGGCUGGAGAAGAUUAAAGCCAGCAUGCGCUGAUACUCACACACUUUCUGAACAUUCUCUGUGUGUGUGUGUGUGUGUGUGUGUGUGUGUGUGUGUGUGUGUGUGUGUGUGUGUGUGUGUGUGUGUGUGUGUGUGUGUGUGUGUGUGUGUGUCUUAUGGCUACCUCUUCUGCAGCUAACCGUCUUGCACAUGUCUCUGUAUUUACUUAUUUGUAUUUGUACAUAUUUGAACUUGUUUGUCUCUUGUUCAAGACUUUUCAAUAAUGGUUUCCAUCUCAAUGUUUUUACUGAUGCUUUUACUCAUGCUUUUUCCUGUUGAAAUAAAUGAAAAUUUUUCCUGA